AAAAACAUAUUUCUCGCAUUCCUGUCAUUGAGUGCCAUCGUGGGAUUCGUUUCAUUCUUCAUUUUACAUUGUAUCGAGCCAGUCCGCGCCAAGCCGAUUAAAACGUUUUGUUAUCAAGAAUAAAAUGAACAAAAUAAUUCGCGUAUUACUGAGUCAGACGAGAUCGUUAGCUACGAGCACCAGAUUGAACAAAAUCAUCACGAUAAAGGGCAACGAUGAGUUUCUAUCCAAAGUAAUGAAUUCUGACAAUCCCGUAAUCGUGAAUUUCCACGCCGAAUGGUGUGAACCUUGCCAUAUCCUAACGCCCAAGAUGAAAGAACUGAUCGAACCAAAGGAAAACAUAGAUUUAGCGAUUGUAGAUGUUGAAAAUCACGCCGAGUUGGUACACACCUUUGAGGUGAAAGCGGUGCCGGCCGUUAUAGCCGUCAGGAACGGCUUAGUUGUAGAUAAGUUUAUCGGGUUAGUGGAUGCCGACAUGAUCGAGCAGUUGAUGAACAAGUUAGAUAAGAAAUUAUAAGUCGGUUUCCUUAGAAAUUCUUCGUAAUCGACAAUAGGGAAAAUUGUACUUUUGGUGGUUAUAAAUUACGUUUAGUUAGAAAUCUAUUAUUUAACUAUUUUCUGAUAUUUCUAAACAGAGGAAGGGAUUUUACGGAAACUGAAAAGUAUCAGUUUUUUUAGACUGUUGUAUCCCUUAUUGCCAUUAUUCUGUGGUGCUAUUAAAUAUCUUAAAAUAGAAAUGCAAAUUAUCUUUUAUCGUCCUGCAAAUCAGUUCAGUUUUUCAAUAAAGUAAUUAAAAAAAGUACAGUUGGACAGAAAAUAGUAAAAUCUGUCGAAGCAGGAUACUUGGAUUUGAAAAUUUAGCAUAUUUGAUACACUUUUUAUUAGUUUUAUAAAAUUGGUUCUGGUUGAGUACUUGAUAUGGUUUAAAAAGCCAGUUUAUGUAAAAUUAUGUGAAAAUUAGUUUGUAUAUAUUGAAAACAAUUUGAAUUUUAAAUAAAUGAUUUAAAACU